ACAGCCCCUUCAUCAUCAUCAGCAUGGCUGCCGCGGACCAAGAAACCCACGCCAGCCCAGUUCGUCCUCGUUCCUACCAAGACGAGAGCUAUCAGCGCGGGUUUCUUGGAGCUGUGGAAGGCUUACAGAAGGAUGGAAUACUGCAGGAUGUCGUCCUUGAAGUCGAGGGCCGGCGGUUUCCCUGCCAUCGGCUUGUUAUGGCCGCGGCCAGCCCUUACUUCAGAGCCAUGUUUACAAGCGACAUGGCGGAAAGUCGGCAGAAGACGGUUGUUUUGCAGGGUUUGGAUGCAGACAUGUUUGAGGAGAUCCUGAGUUACAUCUACUCGGGAACCCUCCAUGUGUCCCUGGACAGAGUGCAGCCCCUUUACCAGGCAGCCGACCUCCUCCAGCUGGACUAUGUGAGAGACACCUGCAGCAGCUACAUGGCCAUGAACGUGGAGCGCUCCACCUGUGUGGACCUGUACAAAAUUGCUGAGGUCUUCAUGGUGGAUGUCAUUCUGAAUCGUUGUCUGCAGUAUAUAUGUCAGCAUUUUGUGGAGGUUUCCUCCAGUGAGGAGUUCUGCAGCCUGAGUGUGGAUCAGCUGACUAAGAUCAUCAGCCAGGAUAAGCUGGAGGUUAAAGAGGAGACAAGAGUGUGGGAGGCUGUGGUGAGAUGGGUGCAGCACAGCAGGGUGGACAGACUGCAGCACCUACCCAGCAUCCUCUCUCACAUCCGCUUCAACCUGCUGACCUCAGACGACACGGCAGCCAUCUUGGAACACCCCCUGGUCAGGGAAAAUCAUGGGAGUUUUGGGGCCAUCAGGAAUGUGGUACAGACCAGGAACCCCAACCUGAAACCGAGACUUGGGAUGACCACAGAAAUGGUUUUGCUGUCCAACAUAGAGACAAUGGAAGAUGAACUCCUGUUCAUGAACCCACAGGAAGGGCAGUACAUCACCUCCACUGAAGACAUACCUGAUGGAACACUGGUAACAGUCACCAGGGAUAAUGAUAUUUAUGGCCUUGUUUAUGGGAGAGGCGAGGAAUCAGGUCAGUUUUCCAUGUGUAAGUACAACCAUGCAGACAAUGUGUGGGAAGGUGCCGAUAUGUCCUCAGUAGCUCGGUUCAAGAGGGAAUACUCAGGUAUGUUUACUCACAUGGAGGAGCUCCUUCUUGAAGUGGAUGGAAUUUUAUAUUACCAUGCUGCUGAUCUAGGAGAAGUCAGUGCGUUGGUGCGGAUGAAAAAGUACGACCAGCGUAUGGACCAGUGGCAGGAGUGUUCACAGCUGCUACUUGAUGGACAAUGGGAUAACAGCACUGCCGUGUCCUGUGGCCCGUACCUCUAUUUCCUCACGAACUCAGCAAUGUAUCGCUACGAUCCCAGCCAGGAUUGUUGGUGCAAGAGAACUCCACCCAACUUCAGGUGUCAUGAUGAUCAUGAUGACCGAUGGGUCAUAGCUGCUGCCGUGGGACCAGAGAUUUUCUGCACUAAUUUUCACUUCACUAAGACUAAAGUGUACGACACAGAGUCUGAUUGCUGGCAGGAACUGCAAAGCUGGACAAACCCAGGGUACCUUGCUAUAAGUCACCUCCCCAGCUUUUUCAUAUUGGACAACCAGCUGCACAUAUUCUUACAAACCUAUGACGAUUACAAACAAGGGCCAUUAUACGACUACAAGGUGUAUGUGUACGACAGAUCUGCUGAUGCCUGGAGAGACUUGAAGGCCACCCUGCCUAACGUUAAAAAGGACUAUCAUACACGUGUGCCUGUGUGCCCUGUAGCACGUAUCUACGUACCGUAUCUGAAAGGGGCACAAAAACACAUCACCUGUUACGGUUUUAAGCCAUGUUAGGUUGUCAGGUGACUGUUACUAGUAAUGUCGUUAAAAGGUCAUGUAUGAUACUGCCCAUAGGACUGGUGAAGGACAUUUUUGUUUUGUUUAGAUCUCUUGGUUGCUUUUGCAAAAAACCUGCACAUUUGGAUACAUGUAGAUCUAAGAUGUUGUACAUUUUAUACUAUGGCUUCCCCCCCACUAACUCAAUAUGUGUAUGCAUAAUACCAUGGAGGUAGAAAAACAACAGUGUCUUUUAACUCCAUGAUUAUGGCCAUAUGUCCUUGUCACACCAUCUACUGGUAUACCGGUAUAUGUAUCUUCUCUCAAAGACACUGGAAGAGCGUUUCACUUUAAAUUCUUUAUUCAUGUGACAAAUGUUCACAAUAAGUGAUUCACAUGUGAGUCAGACUUCUUAUCUACUAGUACUAUACCCUACACUAUUUACCAGAUACAUGUUCAUGGAUUUGUUAAAUGUGUCAACCAUUGCCAAGUCCAAUACUAGCACCUGAGUACUAUAAUAAACAAUUCUGGUACAUAUACUAAGGUAUAGGUGAUCUGUACAGUACACUUUUAUUUUAUCAAUAUGUACCACAACUCUUAUACUGUACUAGUGAUUAUUGCUUUUGGUUGAAAGGCCAUUGUUGUUUUUAUUACAAAAUUAAUGUUCUGACUAUGACACAACAGCACAAAUGUGCUUCUGUUGUACAAAUGUUGCAUCUUCUUGUUGCAUAAGAGUUUUUGAGUCUUGGUUUGAUUUCAGUUUGUAGUCUGCAUGCAAAACAGUUCCCAAUUCUAGCUAUCAUUGUUCACACAUACUACAACAUCAGAAAGUAUACAUUGUUAUGAUACAACCUAAAAGACAUUUUUCUGGCCAAAUUUUUGGUAGCUCCGGGUCUGUCAUUGCACUACUACAUUAUACAUGUACAUGUACUAUGUUUGGGACCAUAUUCUUGACACAGUGCCAUCUAGUGGGAAGAAGUAGUAGUGCAUCAAGGAAGAUAGCUGAGGAGUUACUGAAAUGUUGACCAGGCAAAUAUUUUUUAGGUCGUGAACUUUCCAAUGACCUAUCCACCUGACAAAGUUAUUCACAUCUCUACUAGAACUUCUACAGUUAUCUAGUGAUACAUGUACUACAAUACAGGUAGUGUAAUGAUAAUUUAUCUACAAUGCCCGCUCUUCUGUGGAUUAUACAAUGACACUAGCCUGGAACCCAGUCUUGUUACAAUGUACUUUUUGUCUUUUGUCAAGCAAACUAAAGCUACGUAUCAAGACUAGAUUCCAGGCAACAACAACACUACAUGAGGUGAAGCACACCUUAGAGUCUCUGUAUGAAGGGUUGCAUCAACCUUGAUAUACCUAAUAGUUUGUAUCUUUUACGUCUUAUAAGUUACAUAAUGGACAGCUCUAAUUUUGACCUGCAGAGUCAUAUGCAUUCUUUAUGACAGGAGGUAGCCAACACUGCAUCACCAUUGAACUUCAACCAACUACUUAUUUGAUGUGUUCUAACAAUGUUUUUCAAUAUCAGGUACAUGUACUACCCUGUAUCCAUUGAUUUUGUUUUGACUGUUGAAAAGAGACCAUGCAAGAUGAAUGUAGUACAUGUGCAUGCCUCUACGUAGGAAGACUAUUGUGACUGGAAGGUCCUUAGCUGCAAAUAUACUCCUAUUACUGACUGUGAUAUUAAGCCUGCGGACGAUUGACUGGUUUACUGUGGUCUUUAUGUUCCUUACAUAGAGUUAAAGGCAUCCAAUGCAAUUUUAGGACAGGAAAACUAGAUUUUCAAAGUCAAAUUGCUGGUCAUUGUUUUAAAUGUAGAAAUUUUCAAUCUCAUCCCAUUGCAGUCUGAUAUCUUUGAGGCGAAAAUGCAAUGUUGCCUCACAUAGCUUGUUUGGGG